AUGGAGGCCCAUACAGGGUACAUCAUAACCAUCAAAAUCUCAGCAAAAGGACCUGCUAAGUCCCUCCUCAUGACCGCCCCAGCUCAGGCGUUAGCAGUGGGAAAGAGCUUCCGGAAAACGGCUUGGAUCCCAGUUCGCGUGCAGUGCCCCGCGCCGGCUGGCGCCGAGGUGGGUGGCUCCGGGCGGGUGCUGCGAUGCCCCGGGCCCAGUGCUGUGCUGGUGCGCUACACCUUCACCGAGUGGCGCACCUUCCUGGACGCGCCCGCCGAGCUGCAGCCUGAGUUGCCGUCGUCUGACGUGGAGGAGACGCCAGUGGCCGAGCGCUUCCGCUUCUCGCUGUGCCUGCCGCCUGGCCUGCAUCCCCGGGAAGACGAGGACGGGCGAGGGCGGGAUGUUGCCGUCCACUUCGCCGUCUGCUACCGCUGUGCGCUGGGUGAGUUCUGGGACAACAACGCGGGCGCCAACUACACGCUGCGCUACGUGGGCUCCACGGACUCCCUCUGAGCCCAGGUCGCCGCUGGCCACCGUGGGGACGCGCAGGGACGCUUUGCUGAGCGUCGUCGAGCUGUCCAGAGGGGGGAGCAGCACGGUGGGAACGGAGGACACCGCCGAA